AUGUCGCACUCUGAAAGUGUGACAGAGACGCACACUGAGAGUGCGCUUUUCUGUUAUUAUUAUCCCGACGCAAUGUUAAACUGCGUCUCUGUCGCACUUAUAAAAAUGAGUCUCCCUAAGUCAUAUGAAGUGGACAUGCCACAAGAAAGGGUGGAAGAAAGGCAACUAUCCAAUGUAGAAGAUCGACAUGAUGUGCCAAUUGCAGCGGACUACACAGAACAAUUUACCACAGACAGGGUUUUUGUUACUCGGGAUGAGCUUUUGGAUUGGGCUAAGAAUGUAGGAAAGCAACUAGGCUUUGUGAUCAUUAUUAGAAGGUCUGAUUAUGGGAGCAAGGGUCGUAGGAGUAAAGACAAACAAUUGACUAUUUUGGUGUGCGAGAUGAGUGGCAAGUACAAACCGUACAAGCAUGUGUUGAUGCGGAAGGGGACAGGAACCAAGAAAUGUGAUUGUCCGUUCAGGCUCAUGGCGAGAUACACAUCAGAAGAUGGUUUGUGGAGGUUGACUGUAGUACGUGGAGACCACAACCAUGCGCCAGCCGAGACUCUGGUUGGUCAUGCCUAUGUCGGUCGCCUUACAAGUCAAGAAAAGGAUAUGGUGGGUAAAAUGGUUGACAAUAAAGUCAAGUCAGGUAACAUGUUGCUGGCAUUGAAGGAGGUCAACCCUCAGAAUUUGACUACCAUAAGGCAAGUGUACAAUGAGCGGAUGACACACAUUAGGGCCAAGAGAGGACAAUUGUCAGAGAUGCAGCACUUGAUGUGGUUGUUGGAGGAAGACAAGGAGGAGGACAUGCCUAAAGUAAGGGUUACAGACAAAGACACUGCUUUGAUGAACGCAGUUACAACCACAUUCCCUACAUCAGCUCAAUUGCUAUGCCAAUUCCAUAUUGCUAAGUGUGUGAAGGCAAAGUGCAAGCUCACUAUCGAAGACAAGGAGAUGUGGGAUGAUGUCGGGGACGCAUGGAAUAGAGUCAUGUAUGCCGAGUCAGCGGAGGAGUUUAAUGCGAGCAUGGACUUCUUACGUUCACUUGUUGGGGAGCACUCUAACCCCAUGCAUUACAUUAAGGAAACUUGGUUGUCGUUUAAGCACAAGUUUGUGAAGUAUGCGAUUGACCGUUAUAUGCACAUGGGUAACACAACUACAAACAGGGUUGAAGGUGCACACGCAAAACUGAAAGCGUGCAUCAAAGAUAUCAAGAGUGACAUGUGUGCGGCUUGGGCAGCUAUACAUAGGUGCACACUGCUCCAACAUACAAGGAUUAAUGCUGCUUUUCAGGCAAGUAUCUUCAUCAGAGAGCACACAUUUAAGGAGAAGUUGUACGACAACCUGCGUGGUGUAGUCUCAAGAUAUGCGCUCAUGUUGAUCGCAAAUGAGAAAGCGCGCGUUGGAAAAUGCAGCUGCACUAUGAGGAGGACACACGACCUGCCUUGUUCAUGUUAG